AACUGGAGCUGGCCAUCAGGAUCACCCUUUAUGCAGUGAUCUUUCUGAUGAGUGUUGGAGGAAAUGUGCUCAUCAUCGUGGUCCUGGGACUGAGCCGCCGCCUGAGGACUGUCACCAACGCCUUCCUGCUCUCACUGGCAGUCAGCGACCUCCUGCUGGCUGUGGCUUGCAUGCCCUUCACCCUCCUGCCCAAUCUCAUGGGCACAUUCAUCUUUGGCACAGUCGUCUGUAAGGCGGUUUCCUACCUCAUGGGGGUGUCUGUAAGCGUGUCCACACUAAGCCUUGUGGCCAUCGCCCUGGAGCGAUACAGUGCCAUCUGCCGACCACUGCAGGCACGAGUGUGGCAGACACGGUCCCACGCAGCUCGUGUGAUCAUAGCCACGUGGAUGCUCUCUGGACUGCUCAUGGUGCCCUAUCCCGUGUACACCGCCGUACAGCCAGUAGGGUCCCGUGUGCUGCAGUGCGUGCAUCGCUGGCCCAGUGCACAUGUUCGCCAAACCUGGUCCGUACUGCUGCUCCUGCUCUUGUUCUUCGUCCCGGGUGUGGUUAUGGCUGUGGCCUACGGGCUCAUCUCCCGUGAGCUCUACUUAGGGCUUCGCUUUGACGAAGACAGUGACAAUGAGAACCAGAGCCGAGUCAGAAGCCAAAGAGGGCUGCGGAGCGGGGCAGGACCAGGUUCUGCCCAACCCAAUGGGCGUUGCCGGCCGGAGACCGGGCUGGCUGGAGAGGAUGGCGAUGGCUGUUACGUGCAGCUUCCGCGCUCUCGUCAGACCCUGGAGCUGUCCGCGCUGACGGCGCCCACACCUGGGCCAGGAUGUGGCCCCCGGCCCUACCAGGCCAAGCUGUUGGCUAAGAAGCGCGUGGUGCGGAUGCUACUGGUGAUCGUUGUGCUUUUUUUCCUGUGUUGGUUGCCAUUGUACAGUGCCAACACGUGGCGCGCCUUUGACAGCUCUGGUGCGCACCGCGCGCUUUCGGGAGCGCCCAUCUCUUUCAUCCACUUGCUGAGCUACGCCUCAGCCUGUGUCAACCCCCUGGUCUACUGCUUCAUGCACCGUCGCUUUCGCCAGGCCUGCCUUGAGACAUGUGCCCGCUGCUGCCCCAGGCCUCCACGAGCUCGCCCCAGGCCUCUUCCAGAUGAGGACCCGCCCACCCCCUCCAUCGCUUCACUGUCCAGGCUGAGCUACACCACCAUCAGCACGCUGGGGCCUGGCUGAGGGGUAGAGAGGGAGUGGGGGCUGAGGCGGAACACACCAAUUCCUACAAGUAGGGACCCAUCCAGACACAAGAGAGACACAGACCCACUGACACAGGAGACUGACACCCAAAAAGCAUGGACUAAUCCCAACACACACACAAAAGUGGCUUACCUGACACAAAAGAAACAAACCAGAUCCCCACACAGGAAAUAAGGCACACUCUUGAUAUGGGACCAAGCCUGGCACAUAGAAACAGGGCACUGACUUUAGACGCACACAGACACAGCAUCCCUAGCAAUGGACUAUCCGUACAUAGUGGAAAUUCUGAGAGAGGCUGGCCUGCCUCUCAUAUACACAUAGUAAUGGCACUGAUUCUUUAGGGCUCUGGAGCCUGGCACGGUACUGACUCCUGAGAUGCUCCAAGCUGCCCGCCCCCCCGCCCCCAGUUUGACCUCACAGUGCCCUUCCCCAUUUCAGCACUGAAAAAUACCACCCAACCUAAUCUCACACCUCCCUGACCAACAGGCUGUUUUGCACUGAAAAGUCCCUUCAUUCCUUUCCAGUUAAAUUCUAUGGCCCUGACCCUCCUCCAUCACCCAAACUCUUCAAGAAAUAAUAAAUGACUUGGCUUCCUCCUGAA